AUGCUCCGUCUAUUGUGCUUCAGUCUUGCUCUACAUGCCGUAUUGGGCGGUAACGUAGUACAGGUAUUACAGUCCUCCGGAGAGUCAACACUGGUCAGUCUGGUACAGAAAGCAGGCCUAGCUGAUGCACUUGGACAAGGAACCUUCACCAUCUUUGCCCCCACCAACGCUGCUUUUGCCAAGUUGCCCGCAGACCUUCUUGCCUCACUCAGCAACGACGUAAAUGCUCUCGCUAAUGUUUUGAAAUACCACGUGGUGCAGGGAUCUAUCAGGAAACAGGAUGCUUCCAACGAGGCUCAACUUGAUACUUUGGCUGGUCAGAAAGUCCGUCUCAACAUCUACAGUCAUAAUGAUGAAGUAACAGUUGAAGGAUCAAGGAUAACACAUUUCGACCUCCAAGCUGACAACGGAUAUGUCCAUAUUAUUGAUACAGUAAUGCUGCCACCAGAGGGCAGUAUCGUCGAUAUCGUCGCUGGAGCACCGGAGUUGUCCAUUUUAUUAUCGAAGGUCAAAUCAGCAAACCUUGUAUCAGCCCUACAAGGAGACGCUCUCACUGUAUUCGCCCCAACCGAUGACGCAUUUGCACGACUAGGAUCAACAGUAUUGAACAACCUUGCCAAGGACCCACAACUUCUAAAAGAAAUCCUUGAAUACCACGUGGUCCCACACACAGAAUACUCCGCCGGUCUGUACAACAGGGAAUACGUUAGGACACUGGAUACCAACCAUGACGUCAUCAGAAUAGGUACCAGAGGAACCUCAGUCUACGCUAACAAUGGAAAAGUGAUCAAAGCAGAUAUAGCCGCCACCAAUGGAGUUGUACAUAUUAUUGACCAUGUUCUUGUACCUCUGAGGUUUCUAGGAUCCGCAAUAUUCGGCAAGAAGUAG